UCCGUAGCCAUUUUGGCUCAAGCUUGGGUCACAAAGAAAUCGCUGGCUUUCGCUGAGAAGCUCUAGCUUUGCCGCUCGGCUCCCUUCGGCGCCAUGGCUCUUGUGCUCCUCGCAGCUGCUGCGCUCCUGGCCCGCACCUCCCUCGCGGGUCGCGGGAACGUUGACCUGGAGGUCCGCGGCGGUGCGCACGUGAAGGCUGUGAAGGCCCACCAGUCCCAGGAGAUGUCCGAAAUCAGGGACCUGCUCCGCGAGUUGCAGGAACGUGUCGACAGGCUGGAGGCCGCGCAUAACAGCUCGGAGUCGUUGGACGUGCGCAAGUACCAAACAGCCUGCUCCGAACCGCACAAUCUGUAUCUUGAAGUGUCUUCUGGCCAGCUGUGGGUGGUCAAGUACGGCGCCAAGGAGGCUUUAACGGGCAAUACAAUCUCGCAGUCAGUUGCAUGUUGGCAAUCGAAUCCGAUGCUCUCGAGUUCUGCUUACACGCCUGGUACAUUAAUUCCUCUUCAGGGCUGUUACGAUGGUUUCGAUCAAGUUCACAGCGCGUUCAAUCAAGUCCGGUAUGCGAACAGAGUUGAUGAUGACCUUUGUGUGUUCGAUUCUGCUAAGAAGUUAAUGUGUGGUGGUGAGAAGUGUCAGUCCGCGCCAAACUAGGCCAGACGAAGCAGUAUGUGCCUGUCCAGUUGUCGUGAAAUGAACGGGUCUCCAACCUCGUUCGGGCCUGCAUCUCGCUGCACCGACAGAACUACUUCUCGACUGAGCCCGGCCGCUAGCCCGAGUUGAGUAACCAGAAUAGUGGUACGUACAUGUAGCGUGGUUUGUGUGGGCUGAGGGCAGCACCAGGGUAAAAAAAAAAGCCCACCAA